CGACUGUUUAGUGUUUGUGUUCCCAGCUCUCUGCAAUCAUGAAGGAUGUGCCGGCCUUUUUACAGCAGUGUCAGAGCUCCGGGCCGGGCCAGGCCGCCAUUUGGCACCGUUUGGAAGAGCUGUACACGAAGAAGUUGUGGCAUCAGCUGACACUACAAGUGCUUGAUUUUGUGCAGGACCCCUGCUUUGCCCAAGGGGAUGGUCUCAUUAAGCUUUAUGAAAACUUCAUCAGUGAAUUUGAGCACAGGGUAAACCCUCUGUCCCUGGUAGAAAUAAUUCUUCAUGUGGUUAGACAGAUGACUGAUCCUAAUGUGGCUCUUACUUUUCUGGAAAAGACUCGUGAGAAGGUAAAAAGUAGUGAUGAAGCCGUGAUCUUGUGUAAGACAGCAAUUGGAGCUCUAAAAUUAAACAUCGGGGAUCUGCAGGCUACAAAGGAAACGAUUGAAGAUGUUGAAGAGAUGCUCAACAAUCUCCCUGGUGUGACAUCAGUUCACAGUCUGUAUGCUUUCAAUAGUGGCGAUGUAGAUAGGUUCCAGACACUGAAGUCUGCCUGGGGCCAGCAGCCUGACUUAGCAGCCAACGAAGCCCAGCUUUUGCGGAAGAUCCAGCUGUUGUGCCUUAUGGAGAUGACUUUCACACGGCCUGCCAACCACAGACAACUCACUUUUGAAGAAAUUGCCAAAAGUGCCAAAAUCAAUGUCAACAAGGUGGAGUUGCUGGUGAUGAAGGCACUCUCGGUGGGGCUGGUGAGAGGCAGCAUAGACGAGGCACAGGACCGCGCCACCAAAGAAGUGCAUUCUUUAUUGUCAGACAAGGAAGCAUUGGUUCCUUUUUGCAGUCCUCUUCAGAGCAUUCUCAGACUCAGGCAUCCACACUCGCCACCUAGCAUCACUAAGGCACCGGAUAUUAGGAGUGCCAAGCUCAAGAAUCAGCACAAGCAAUAG